AUGAAGUCAAUUGUCUUUGGUCUAGCUCUGGCAAGUACUGCUGCCGCUCAGGUGGCGAACGGUGCAGUGUCUAUGGUUCCUGCGACCCCAACUCCGGUCGAUAAUGGUGCCGCGGCGUACUCCGCCCCUACUGCAGCUCCUUCCUCUUCCAGUUUCUAUGAUGUGAUGCCCUACGACUCGUACAUGAGCGGGGGAUACAAAUCACUGGAGUGUGGAUAUGGUUAUUACAAGAAUAGUGAUGGUUCCUGUCAGACUGAGUCGUGGUACGAUAGCACCGCCGUGCAGGGGUGUUACGCCACUACAAUUAUCAUUAAUAACGGUGGAGGAUAUGGCUACCAGUCGGACUGCAAUCAAUAUGUUUCAACAAUUACUCAGACUAUGACUGAGACUGAGACGGCGUACAACACGGUGACUUAUACUGCAACUGAGACGCAAGUUGUCCCUACUACGGUCGUUCAAUACGUUACACAAACGCAGACUGACGUUCAAAUGGUGACACAAACUGCUGUCGUGACCUCUGUGAAGAUGGUCCCGACUACGCAAGUCUUGAUGUCAACAGAAACCAUCGACCAAACCUCGGUGAUCGACCACACUCUUACAGCCACAGAGACUCAGACUCAGACUAACGUCUACACCCAGACUGAAGUCCAGACUGCUACUGCUACUGCCACUGAAACUCAAAAGGAGACGGAAACAGACUUUGUCACCAUGACCGAAGUUUCGACUGUUGUGUAUCCAACCACGUACACCAGUGUAUGGGUUAGCACACAGGUUAUUGACAACACUCAGACCGUAUUACAGACCCAGACUGCCACUCUCACCGAUCAGAUGACAGUUGUGCAAACCGCGACUGCAACGCUGAAGCAGACAGAAACAGAUGUUGUCACUCAAACUGAAGUGUCGACUGUUGUCUAUCCCACCACGUACACCAGUGUCUGGGUCAGUACGCAGGUCAUUGACAACACCAAAACUGUCCUGCAAACCCAAACCGCAACCGUCACAGACCAAAUGACUGUCCUUCAAACCUCCACGGCGACGGCGAUAGCGACUCAGACAGAGACUGCCACGGCUACUACGACGCAGCAAGUGUACAACACUGGUCUCUCUGAUUGUUUGGGCAAGUGCAAGUCAUCUUGGUCACUUACCACCGGCAACAGUGAUCCAUACAACACGUAUGCUUCUGCUGCUACUUCGUCGGUGUCCUGGAACACUUCAAGCUCAAGUGCUCUUGCUGCACAAGUCACGUAUGGUGCAUCCGGUAGCUCAUACGGUGGUUCGUAUGGCGGAUAUUAA